AAAGUGUAAAGAUGGUGGUUUCUGAAAAUUGCUGAGUUUUUUGUAAAAUGAAAAUGGAGUGUCCAACUCGUCUGAAUUCAUGACAUUCACAUUACUGUCCAGAUAUCGAUAGUCCAUAUCAAAGCAAUAGAAAUGAGUUCCAGCAAUCUCCUAGAUAUCACAAUUAUUAAGGUUAAUAAUCCAGGAGACUUUCUAGGCAAAGAAUGUCCGUCUGUUCAGAAAGCUAAUGGCAGGUUUUAUCAAGUGAUGGAUGAAAUGAAUGAGUAUUGUAAUAAUGAUCAGAUGUUUUUUAAUGAAAACUUUCAGCCUAAAAUUGGACAGGAAGUUUAUGCUGGAUUAAGAUUAAAAGAUAGAAAAUGGCAUCGUGUGAAAGUUGAGAAUGUUCUUCAGACUAGUAGAGGCAGACAGUGCAAUGUGGAUUUGAUAGAUUAUGGUGAAGAAGCACAGAUUCCAGUAAGCAAUAUAAGAAGGAUUCCUGCUGAAUUUCAACCAAUAGAAGUGCCUGUACAAGUUACAAGAUAUUCAUUAUAUGGUAUUCAGGCUUUAACUCUUGGCUUAGAUUUAGAAUUACAAGCAAAAAAGAUCCCUUGUGUAGUAUGGGAUGAAGCAGCAACUGCCUAUAUGAAGAAAUUAAACAAAGAUUCUACCAAGCCACAAGUAGAUAUAAAGUAUACUAAUAAAGAAGGUGUAAGAUUUGUACAACUAUAUCUCCGAACACAAGCUGGUAAAAUUUGUGUAAAUGAUGAUCUUGUUAAGAAAGAAUAUGCUACAUUAACUCAAGAUCAAAUAAACAAAUUAGAUAAUUUUAAAAAUGGUGUGUAUCCAGUAAGAAUUCAGGGAAAGAAACCAGUUGAUAUAGAUGAGAUGGAAUAUGAAAUUGAUCAAAUCUACCAAACAAUAGACAAUACUCGUAAAACAGAGGAGAAAAAACACUCUCCUCACAAAUCACCACAAGCAAAAACAAUCUUAAACUCUGAAGAAGAUCUGCAAUUCUUCAAAAAAUUUCUUGCUGAACAUCGGGGAGAAAAACAGUCCAAUAAAUACUCAAAAACUAUGACUGAUGUGAGUUCUGGAGAUGACACUUCAUUGACAUCACCACCUGCCAAAUCAAAAACUACUGUAUCAGAUAGUGAGGCUUUAAAACAAAGACUACAAAUAAAACCUCCAGACCCCAAAGCUCUUCCAUCAAAUAUGACCCGUCUUUCAGAACUAGCUAAACUUUUAAGAUCUCAGAAAUUAAGUGAUACAUCAAAAUCUGCAGAUCUUAAAGAACAUCCCACAGUUGUCAGUGAAAUGGAAAACAAUAAAAAUGUACUUCUGCUUCAUUCUGCUGACAUUGAUACAAUUAAAGUUAAAAAAGACAUCAUUCCACCCACUUUUAAAAAAGCUAGAUUACCAAAGUUUGUUCAAAAUAACACUGGAAACAGUGCUACUUUAUCAGUUAAGUCAAGUAAUGUAUCUGGUUGUAUGGAUUCUGAUACAGAAUCUGCUAUCAGUUUGUCAUCUUCAACUUCAGUACCAAAGUCACCAAGGCAUGAGAUAUCACCAAAUACAAGCCUAUCAUCAAGUAAAGGUGAACAAAGAUCUAUAUUGAAGAAAUCUCAAGUUAAACGAUUAUCAGAUACUUCAGAUUCACCAACCAUCAGAUUUUCUGAGUUAUCAAGUGAUGAAGCUAGUAUUAUCUGUUCUACCCAAAUUGAAUUUGAUGAUGAGGAAUAUGAUCCUGAUGAAGUGAAGAGGAAAUUUGUUGGUCAGGCACAUGGAAGAAGAUUGCUAGAGAAAUUAGUACCUACCAAAUUUUAUCAGAAAACCUAUUGUACUCCUGGUAUGGAAAAAUUAAAAAGUUUACCAGAAUUAAUACAUGGGGUAGGAAACAUACAACCCUAUACUGAUCUAGAGAAUCUACCUUUUUCUACACAGAUAAACCAGUAUAUUGAAGACAAAAAGUUUGCUACAAUGUUCACAGUACAAGCGUAUUCCUGGCCAGCUAUUUUAAAAGGUAGAAGUGUGGUAGGAGUCUCACCAUCUCAUACUGGUAAAACACUAGCCUAUCUACUACCAAUAUUAACACAACUAUUCCAAGCUUCAUUAUACUUAACAUUACCUUCUGGUGGUGGGCCAAUUGUAUUGAUAUUAGUAUCAUCAUGGAAGAAAGCUAAAUAUGUAUAUGAAGAAUGUAGAGAGGUUAUUAGUGGUAGAAAAGAUAAUAAAUUAUUAGUAUUAUAUGCUGGGGGAUCUGAAGAUAGCCAAAUAACGUGUAAUAAUUACUCUAUAUAUGAAUUUUUCUCUCUACAGUAUGCUCUAUUAGAAGGUUGUAAGAUAUUAGUAGCAACACCAAAUUGUUUAUUAAGAAUGUUAGAUAGAGGUUAUACUAAUCUUAGUAGACUGUGUCAUUUAGUUAUAGAUGAUGGUGAAAUACUAACAGAACAAUUUACAGAACAAAUGAAUUCCUUUAUGAAGCAGUAUGCUCUAGCAUUAAGGGAAAUACAGGAUUUAAAUGUACCAAGGCAGAUAGUGUUGUUUUCAAGUCAAUGGACACCAUACGUUGAAGCAUUUACCAAGACAUAUUUUCAAGCCCCAUUAAUAAUGAUAUUAUCUAGAACUGAAGGUGCUGUGUAUGGUAAAGUCAAACAGGUAGUUCACAUGUGUGCUUCAAGACAGAGAAGUAGUGUAUUAUCUCACCUACUAGAAAAUAUUGAUAAAAAGGGACAUAAGAUUAUGAUAUUUGCCUCUGAAAUAGAAGAUGUUGAGUCUAUACGUCAGUUGUUAAUGAGUCGUAGUAUGUAUGGUAUUAUAGCACAUAAUAACAUGACACUAGCACAACUAAACGAAGCUUCUCGUACCUGGAGAGAUUCAAAGCCAUCUUCUAAUUCUGUUAUCAUGGUGUGUACAGAUGAAUGUAUAGCUAAUUUAUCAAUAACAGAUGCUACACAUGUUAUACAUUAUGAUCAACCUCCUUCAAAAACUAAAUUUGGUGUUAGAUUAUCUUGUCUCUUUAACUAUUAUAGAAAUCUUCCUGAAAAAAUAAAACCUUCGAUAACACCAGUAUCAGAUAUAUUGGCUACAGAAAACUCAUUACAAUCAGCUAGAACAUUGAGUAGUUUCCUACAGAGAUCAGGUGCUGUUAUUCCUCCAGAAUUUAAACAUCUUGUAGCUGGUCUGCAAGCUGGUAGAGAUGAUGAUGAGAAUAUCGCCUUAUGUCCUUAUGUUAAAGCUUUUGGUAAAUGUAGCAAUCAUCUUCGCUGUACCUACAGACAUCAGAUAAUACCAGAAACUGAUAAUUCAGAUGAUAAAAAUAAUCCUAAUUUACCUAUUUGUGGUGAAACUAAGAUGAAGAUAUUAAGUAUUAUAGAUGCUAGUCACUACUAUGCUAGAUUAUUAGAGGUCAGACUACCACAUACUACAGAUAUUCUAGAUUUAACAGCAGACUAUCUUCAACUAUUUACUCAGAUGGAUACUCAUUAUAAAAGUCAUUCUCAUAAAAUACAUCGGAUGUCUAAAGUAGGUGAUAUAUGUGCUAUAAAUGAUAGUAAUAAUCAAUAUCACAGAGUGAAGAUAUUGAAAAUAUACUAUUCUAAAGCAGAAUCUACUUCUGAAAAAGCUGUGGUACAAUAUAUUGAUUAUGGAACACAGAAAGAUGUUUUAUGCAGUCAGUUAUUAUUUUUACCACCACUUUUAAAAGUAUAUCCACCUCAAGCUGUAGAAGUAUAUUUAUGUAGAGUAAAACCAAUAGAUAAUGAUUCUGAAUGGACACCGAAGGCUAACAGUUGUCUGUUUGAUUUAAUAAACAACAUCAUAAUAGAUGGUAGAAUUGUCUUAAGUCUAGGAAAUACUAUUUGGGUUGAUCCUCUAGCUCAGAGAGAAUAUUUAGAAAAUAUAAGAUCUACUAUUAAUAAGAUGAAUAUUAGAUCAGAAUUGAUCAAAAAUAAACUAGCAACAGAUAAUCCUGAGCAUGUACGAGAUUUGAUAGAAUUAUUCAGUGGUAAAAUACCUAUUGAUGAUACUGUUAUUAAAUCUUAUUUAUGUAUUGAACAACAAGAAGAAGAGAAUGAAAGUGAAAUACUACCUGAAGCAUUAGAAUAUCAUGAUGUUUAUGUUACUGCUGUUGAUCAUCCAGGACGUUUUCAUGUACAAAAAAUCAACCUCAAUCAAGAACUAGAAGAUAUACAAGAUAAGAUAAAAGAGAAGAUAUUAAGUGAUGAAAUUACUAGUCUAGUAGAAUUACCUUCUGUAGGUGAUUAUUGUCUAGCACCAUACCAUGAUGAUCAGGAACACAGAUGGUAUAGAAGUAAAGUUGUAGAAAUAGAAGAUGAGAAAAGAGUAAAAGUAUUCUAUGUAGAUUAUGGUGAUCCUGACUCUGUUGAAUUUACUGAAUUAAAAUAUUUACCACGAAAAUAUCGUACAUUACCACAUCAAGCUAUAGAAUGUCAGUUAGCUGAUAUCAAACCUUCAGGUAAAGAAUGGAUUGAAGAAUCAGGUAAUUUACUCUGGGAUUUAUCACGAUAUAUAACUAAAGAAUAUAAACCAAUGGUAGCACAGGUAUGUUGUAAACAUGAAGUAACAGGAAGAUAUGUAUAUGAUAUUAAACUAUAUGAUACUACUAGUAAUUAUGAUAUUGAUAUUAGUAAAGAAAUACUAUGGAGAUUACCACAUCAACAUGUUUGUGAUAAUGACCAAAUACAGAAUUUAUUUCCAAAACUAACGUCCUAUCCAGAUUCCUUUACCAAAGUGACUGACAUUCCAACUUUAUGCUCCUGUAUAUAUUGGAAUGAGCAAUGUGAAGGAUUGAUAGAACAAUUAGAAUGUAUUGUAAUGACUAGUCUAUUACAACCAAGACCAUGCUUUACAACUACAACUAAUUUAUUUCCAAAACUAACGUCCUAUCCAGAUUCCUUUACCAAAGUGACUGACAUUCCAACUUUAUGCUCCUGUAUAUAUUGGAAUGAGCAAUGUGAAGGAUUGAUAGAACAAUUAGAAUGUAUUGUAAUGACUAGUCUAUUACAACCAAGUCAAGUGAGUAUAAUGUGUUUAAAUGGUAGUAUCAAAUCUAUGGUAAUGUUAAUAGGUUAUAUAUUUAAUGUAAAAGCACAUGGUCAUCUACUGUCUAUUAUUACUCAAGCUACCUUAACAUCUGACAAGUUUGCUACAGCUUGUAAUCAAGCUACUAUACAACAUAGUUUAUCUACAUGUCUUGAACAGGUUAGUUGUCCAGUAAUACAAGAACAAGCUGCUGAAUGUAUGGCUAGAUUAGCUCUUCAACAAGAAAGUUUACGUGAAGGAUGGGAAAACUCAAGCUGUAUAACUAUUGUAUGUGAUCUAUUAGAGAUGACAGAAUCAGAUCAGAUUCAAUGUUAUAUGUGUCAAAUUCUUUCUGCUCUAUUACAAGAUAAUCAAAGAACAUGUGAUAUAAUAGAAAAAGAGAAUGCUGUUAAUAUUGCUAGUCAGUUAUUGUUAGAAUCUACUCAUCAUAAUACUCAAGAGGCUGCCAUACAAUUCCUCUCUUCAUUAUCAUUAUGGGAUAGUGCUCAAAAGAAAAUUAAGAAACAUUCUGUGAUAUCAGCUGUAAUGGAAUUCAUGAUGAAUGCUUUGUGUAAUAUGUGUUUACAUUAUGGUGUUAUGUUAUGUCAGUAUUUAUCACAAGCCAGUAGAAAAAAUAAAACUUUGUUACUAGAGAAAAAUAUAUUUCAAGUUCUCAGAAGGUUAAUGACACUAGAUAUAGAUAGUAAAACUAAGAUAUUGUGUGAUGAAUUACAAUCAUCAUUAGCUGUACGAACACCACAACAAGAUUUAACUAAUAUAGUUACUAUAAAUAAUCAUCAUAUACCAACAGAAGAACAGGAUUCUGCAGGUCCUGUGAUGCCACCAGUUAGUUGGAGUCAAUCAUCCUAUAAGGUUAGAGUAACAGUAAAUGCACCAGGAUCUAGACAAGAAGAUUACAUCAUUAAUCCUCAUUCAAUACAGUUCAAGGCGAGGUUAGAAAACAGAGAAUAUGGUUUGGACCUAGAUUUAUUUGAUGAAAUUAAACCUGAAACAAGUAGAAUAGAUAUAAUUGGUAAUAGAGCACAGCUGAUUUUAAAUAAAUAUACUAAAGGUACAUGGAGUAGAUUAUUGAAACAGAAACAUAAGACUAGUGCUAUCAGUAGAGAUUUUGAUAAAAUAAUCAACAGUUCAGACUCUGAAAAUUCUGAUGACAAUAUUCCUGCUCUAAUAAAAGGUAAAAAAGCGAAGUUACCUACUACUGGACCAGAAGUGAAAUACCGUAGUCCUUAUAUGGAAGACAAUGAUAGUAGUCAUACUAGUGAUAGUUUAGUAUUGGACAGUGAAGAUGAAAAAAUGGAAGAUGAAUUUAAUUAUUUUGAAUACAAGAGUUAA